AUGGGCAUGACCGUCUCCCACCAGACUGGCAACACAAGCCACACAGGACGGCUCAUUAUGAACGGCGGCGCCAAGUUCUUUCACCUGAUGGCGGCGUUCGCGUGCGGAAGCUUCGUGGCAGGCUACAGCAAGUCUGACGGCGAGGCAGUGUACCAAGGCCGCUAUUCCCCAAACAUGCUGGCCUCUGCCCUGUGCGUGGUCGGCGGCUGCAUCGUCCACUACUGCAAGGCCCAGGAGGGUGGCAACGACGCCGCCUCGGAGUCGCUGCUGCUUUUUGCAUUCUCCCAGGGCAUCCAGAACGGCGUCACUCGAAGGUGCACCUCCUGCCCCAUUUGCACCACUCACUUCACCGGCUACCUCACGGACUUUGGUGUCGGUCUUGGUGCUUGGGCACGCGCGCAGGCCGGGACAGGGAUGCUCAUCGGGAUGCUUGAGGUGAGGGUUGUUCUAAAGGUCCUUUUGGAGUGGAGGGACCGUUGA